AUGGACCCUGCCGGCGGCGGCCCCCGCGGCGCCUCCCCCGCGGACGCGCGGGGCGCCUUCGUGCUGGGGCACCUGGCGGAGGUGGUGGAGCGCGUGCUGGCCUUCCUGCCCGCCCAGGCGCUGCUGCGGGCGGCCGGCGUGAGCCGCCUGUGGAGCGAGUGCGCGCGCCGAGCGCUGCGGGCCCGGCGCCGCGUGGCCUGGAUCUCCGCGGGCGCCGCCGGGCGGGGCCGCCGGGACGAGCACGGGCUGCUGCGCGCCGCGGAGGACGAGCUGCAGAAUGUUCUCAUCUUACCACGGACAGUUCUUUACAUGGCUGAUUCAGAAACUUUCAUUAGUCUGGAAGAGUGUCGUGGCCACAAGAGAGCAAGGAAAAGAACUACUAUGGAAACAGCAUUUGCCCUUGAGAAACUAUUCCCAAAACAAUGUCAAGUCCUUGGGAUUGUGACCCCGGGAAUUGUAGUGACUCCAAUGGGAUCAGGUAGCAAUCGACCUCAGGAAAUAGAAAUUGGAGAAUCCGGCUUUGCUCUGUUAUUCCCUCAAAUCGAAGGAAUAAAAAUACAGCCCUUUCAUUUUAUUAAGGAUCCAAAGAACUUAACAUUAGAAAGGCAUCGACUUACUGAAGUAGGUCUUUUAGAUAACCCUGAGCUUCGUGUGGUCCUUGUUUUUGGCUAUAAUUGCUGUAGGGUAGGAGCCAGCAAUUACCUGCAGCGCGUAGUCAGCACAUUCAGUGAUAUGAAUGUCAUCUUGGCUGGAGGCCAGGUGGACAACUUGGCAUCGCUGACCUCUGAAAAGACCCCUCUGGAUAUUGAUGCCACUGGUGUGGUUGGACUGUCAUUUAGUGGGCACCGAAUCCAGAGCGCCACUGUGCUUCUCAACGAGGACGUCAAUGAUGAGAAGACUGCCGAGGCUGCCGUGCAGCGCCUGAAAGCAGCCAACAUUCCAGAGCACAACACCAUCGGCUUCAUGUUCGCAUGUGUUGGCAGGGGCUUCCAGUAUUACAGAGCCAAGAGGAAUGUAGAGGCUGAUGCAUUUAGAAAGUUUUUUCCUAGUGUUCCUUUAUUUGGCUUCUUUGGAAAUGGAGAGAUUGGAUGUGAUCGCAUAGUCACUGGGAACUUCACACUGAAGAAAUGUAAUGAGGUGAAGGAUGAUGAUCUCUUUCAUAGCUAUACCACAAUAAUGGCACUCAUUCACCUCGGGUCACCCAAAUAGAGCCACCUGUAAAAGGGCUUUCACAUAUGUAA